AUCUGUUACUCACUGUCAAUUCUCUUUUUGAUCUUCUGUUCACUUAGGUAAUACACGAUUAUGCCUUACUAACUCAGCCAAUCAAAACAUGCCAUUCUGUUGACCUUAAAAGCCCUUAACAAAUCGUAUUACAUUUCCCGUCUUCGCAACAACGCGCGUUUGAAAUGCAGAUGAAAUCUCAAUGUUUGAAGAAUUCUAAUUACCCCACCGCGGCAAAGUUUACUGCGACAGAUUCUUUUUCUGACACGUUCUGGUUAUAAGUGAGAGCUAAAGUGAGUUACAUCGGCACAAAGGUUGAAAUCGAGUUGCUUCUCUAUUGUCUGAAGUUUUUGUCUUCGUGAAGAAGGUGUGGAGUAUACGUGAGUGGGUGAGUUGGUUAUUGUUUAUAUUCACUCUGUUCAUGUCUUUUGCCUCAGAUCUUUCACGCGAGUUAUCUGGCGCUGUUUUUCUUUCACAGACUAAAGAACAGACAAAAUUACCUGUCAUUUUUAUUGUUUGAGGUUCAUCUCCCUUUCAUACGUUCUAUUUCAUUGGCCAGACUCUAAGAGUUUGAAUAGCUGCUAACUUGAAAAGAACAAGUCUUCUAUGCACAAGAACAAAGGGCUUCUAAUUCCUUGGUUUACUUUGAAGUUAAUGCAAAAAUGAAAGAGGUUUUGAGCGAGCUCUCCUGCAUUUGAAGUAGUCUUUAAACUAAGCGGGAUUUUGCAAGGUCAUUCACACGGGGGAACCGGAAACUUUUACAUCAAUGAUUUAAAGUAACAGUUACUGUAAUGGUCUUUACGAGAGAACGGUUCUACAGGAUAUGUCAUCUAGGCCUCAAAUAAACUGUGGAUUACUGGAUCUUUAUGAGUUCUUCUCUAUUGAGUGAUAACGAACUUAGAGACCUUUCUCUCGAUGCUAAACUCGGAAUGGAUCUAAAUUUCAACAUCUGCCAGCAAGACACUGAUGAGAACAAGCGCUCUACUCAUGGCCAUGGAAUCAAAUCAGCAAAUGUAAUAAACCUGGGAGAAAAUGUCCAAGCUGUCGGAACACAGAACGGAAAAAAUGAAUUUGGAAGCUCUGAACAUGUCAGUCUGCCCACAGUUUUUGAAGGCAAAAUCACUCAUGAAAGGAAAGUGUCUCAACAAGAGAAGUUAACAAAUGUGGUUUCUCUGCGGAGGUCUAGGUCAAAUCAUGACGUCAGACUCACCGAUCCUCGCUCCCUGUCCCCAUGCUUCCCUCGAUUUUCAUCCCAAGAGAACCUGGGUUAUAACAUUCCCAAGUCACCCAUUGUAGGACGUACGUUCCAACGCAAAAUCUCCAGCCCACUCCCCACAGAAUUAAAGAAGAGUUGGCACUUGAGAAUUAGGGGAAGAGCGCUUUCGAAUUCUCCCUCGGAAGCCCUUAUCAGUCCCGUUAUCUCGCGCAGGCAUCUAAACCCUCAACAUGACCUUAACUCUGAGCACCUACAAGGAGGUUUAUCGCGCGUUAAGUCUUGUCCCGUAAUCAAAUCUGAUUCAAAUGAGCGACUCAACGAUCUUCCACUUCCGCUGACAAUUAAGUCGUCUUCGGCUGUGCACUCGACCUCCAAACCUCCUGACCGAGACAGAUUACCACAGAUUCAUCAAGCAGAUAGCCCAAUGUUGGUGCGCGCUCGUAAAACAUCCGACGAGAGACCGAGAGAGCUGUUUAAUGUGAGUCCCAUUAUGGGUCAGUCUGGUAAUUUCUUGAGCAAACCCGACAAAACAAGCGGCAUCCAGUGUGAUUCUACCGAUAAAGUAGAAUACUAUCUUUAUAGUAUGUCGCUUGACGAUGACAAAGAUUCAUUAGCUGGUUUGAGCGAGAAUUGAAAUGAUUCAUGCCGUACCAUCCUAGAUGUAUGAUGUAGUAUUUCAAGAUGAUGUAAGCUUUGUACCGAACCAUGUACGGACAAGAGCUUGUUCUACAGACGAUAAACUGCACGUGCCUAAAGUCAAGAGUGUGCUAAAGAUUUUAUUAUGCGAUGAACUACAACGAGGUGCUUUGCUUAACUAAAUUCAAUUCUCCAUCACUGUAGUCAGGAGAUUCAUCAUGACCCAUGUUCACAUUCUGCACAUCUUUUGCUUUAAGAAAAUGAAAGGCUUUCCACAAAAUCUAGGCGAAAUGUUUCUCGAUAAACCUGAUCAUGAACUUGUUUUUUGGUCGAUGCGAGAGAAAGGUCCUUAGAAUUCUUCGACUGGGUUUUGUUAAAGAACAGCGUUUCCUAUCCAGACUCCUUCAGAAGACGAACGAGUAUAAAUGUACCCUUUUCAAUUUAUUCCGUCGCUAAAUAGCAAUUCCUUUCGAAAGCUCAAUGUUUAUUGUAAUUCCACUUAAAUUCAGUAAAGGUCGGUCUGUAGAAAGUAAAAUAGUUUUAAUAAAGAACUUAGUAGAUACACGUAAUACAUUGCAACUCAUAUUUGCACUUCUGCGGUAAAGUACACAAAGAUGACAAUUUAAUAAACACAAUUCCUACUCUGA